ACUUCCUCAAAGGGUCUCUCUCUAUAUAAACUUAACGCCCAUGGAUUCACCAUAGAUCCAGAAAAUCCUCAAACAACAGAUCAGAAGAUAAAAGACAUGAAGCAACAACGUUUUUUGGUCGCCUUCUUCGUAGUCCUUUUCAGCUUCCUCCUUUUUGUGUAUCUGAGUGAAGGAAAAUCAGAAGUUGCAGAGGACUAUUGGAAGAAGAUGAUGAAGAGUGAGCCAUUACCUGAACCAAUCAAAGAUAUUCUCAACAAUCCUUUUAGGACAGGACAAGAGAGGUUCGCUAAGAAUUUCAACACCAAAUCUGUCGUCAUUAUCUACCACAAUCCUAAUGUAUAAUUGAUUAAAUCUAUGUAUCGGGCUAUACAUGCACGUGUAUGUGUGUGUGUUAUUUAAGCAAAUAAGAUAAUAACAUCUGCUUGAGUUGUUGUUCUACCAA